AUUCUCAUUAUAAAAACCCCAGUGUUUGAAGCAAAGAAUCACACAACUUUCUUAACUCUCAAGAAACACCUUCCUUAACAAACAAAAAACUAAAGAAAUUAACAUGAAAUCUUUCAUUACUUUAGCUAUCGUUUGCUUCAUUGCCUGCACUUUGGCCAAUCCUUUGGAAUUGAGCGAAGAACAAAAAGCCAAAGCUAAGGUUCACUUCGAAGAAUGUGUAAAGCAAGAAAAUGUUUCCGAAGAAGAUGCCACUAGAUUACGCAACAAGGACUUUGCUAAUCCCUCAGCAGCCAUGAAAUGUUUCGGUACUUGUUUCUUUGAAAAGGUCGGUACCUUGAAGGACAGUCAAGUUCAGGAAGAUGUUGUUUUGACUAAAUUGGGUGCUUUGAUUGGUGAGGAGAAGACCAAGGAAGUUUUACAGAAAUGCAAGGACAUCAAGGGUGACGAUCGUUGUGAUACCGGUUUUAAAAUCUACGAAUGUUUCGAAAGUUACAAGGCUCAAUUGUAAGUUUGGAGUGGAAAUAGUAUUUAUUAAAAAAAAAGAAAUUUGAAAGAAUUAUUUGUUUAAAAUAAUAAAAUUAUAUUGAAAAAAUUAA